CUUUCUCUCUCUUCUCCCCCACUCCUCUCAUCUCCCCCUCUGUUUUCCUCCCUCCAUCCCAUUCCUUUCAUCUCCCUAUCGUUCUCGUUGGUCUUUCCCUCCCCUCUUCUUCUUCCAUUGAUCUCUUCUCUAGUUUCCCCUCCUUUCUCCUCCCCUCAUCCUGUGUACUCUUUCUCAUUUUCAUCCUCUUCUGAUGAUGGCGGUUGGGAUAGUAAACAGUGAAUAGUUUUCUCUACAAUGAACCAUCGAUUUCUACAGAUUUCAACUGAAUCCUCUUUGGUUUGACUGCUUUAUUUAUCUCGUCUCAACCCGACGAUCCAACCCGACCCAACCCAAAAAUUUAAAGGUUGGGUUGACCUUCUUGAUCUACCCAACUCGAAAAUUUGGGUUGGUCCAAAAACUCUCCUAACCCGAUCCAACUCAACCCGUGAACACCCCUACUUGCUCCGGAGUGUUUUUUUGGGUCUAUUAUAUUUAAAGACAUGUUCAUAUUGUGGUUAUAACUUGCUAUUCUUUGCGUAAACCAUUGCCAAGCAGGUCGAACUCCCACCAUGGACAGAUAUAGUGAAGACUGCGAGAUUCAAAGAGCUUGCCCCUUAUGAUCCUGAUUGGUAUUACGUGAGAGCUGAAAUUGGUAACCACGAAUCCACGAUGCUCCGCUCCCUGCGGACAUCUCUGGCUACGGCCGCCCGCCGAUUUUCCGGGGAAGCCUUCAUGGCGGCGGUCGAGAACACGGCAAUAGAAGGCGGCUCCGGCAGCUCCGGUGGAGGCGGCGGUCGAGACACGCUCGGGCGAAGACUCAUGAGCCUCGCUUUCCCCAAGCGUAGCGCCGUGAUUGCCAUUCGCAAAUGGCAAGAAGAAGGCCACACUGUCCGCAAAUACGAGCUCAAUCGCAUCGUCCGGGAACUCCGCAAGCUCAAGCGCUACAAGCACGCACUCGAGGAUUACCUUGUGGCACGACCUCAUAAUGAUCCUACUUCGAGAAAACUACAACGUAAUAAGUAUAUAUGUGAAUGGACGACAUCACAGAAAGAUAUGAAGUUGCUACCAGGUGAUUAUGCAGUUCACCUGGAUUUGAUUGCAAAAAUCCGUGGCCUGAAUAGCGCAGAGAAGUUUUUCGAGGAUCUCCCUGAUAAAAUGAGAGGCCAAUCUGCCUGUACAGCUCUUCUUCAUGUGUAUGUGCAAAACAAUCUAUCAGACAAAGCUGAGGCUUUAAUGGAGAAAAUGUCUGAAUGUGGUUUCUUAAAAAGUCCUCUUUCUUUCAACCACAUGCUAUCCCUUCACAUCUCAAACAAGCAACUAGACAAGGUUCCCGCUCUGAUUCAAGAUUUACAGAAGAACACUAAACCAGAUGUGGUAACAUACAAUCUUUUGUUGAAUGUUUGUACUUUGCAAAAUGAUGUUGAAGCUGCUGAAAACAUUCUCCUCGAGAUGAAGAAGAUGAAAAUCGAACGAGACUGGGUAACAUUAAGCACAUUAACUAAUCUGUAUUCCAAAAAGCAACUUACUGAAAAAGCAGCAUCUACUUUGAAGGAGAUGGAGAAAAUGGCAUCUAAAAGAAAUAGAAUCACAUUUUCCUCUCUUCUUAGCCUAUACACCAAUUUGGGGGAUAAGGAUGGAGCUUGGAGGAUAUGGAAAAAGAUGAAGACGUCGUUCCGAAAGAUGAGUGAUAGUGAGUAUACUUGCAUGAUAUCUUCUGUUGUGAAACUCCACGAGCUCGAGGAGGCCGAGAAACUCUAUACUGAAUGGGAGUCGGUGUCUGGGACAGGCGAUACUCGGGUUCCAAACAUACUUCUCGCGGCAUAUAUCAACAAUAAUCAAAUGGAACAAGCCGAGAGUUUCUACAAUCGGAUGUCGCUAAAAGGAAUUGUUCCAUCUUACACAACUUGGGAGCUCCUCACGUGGGGUUAUUUGAAGGAGAAUCAGAUGGAGAAAGUGUUACAUUUCUUCAAGAAUGCUGUUGGCAGUGUGAAGAAAUGGAAUGCUGAUGAGAGAUUGGUUAAACAAGUGUGUAAGAAACUUGAGGAGGAGGGUAACAUUGAAGGGGCAGAAAAGUUAUUGAUUGUUCUUAGGAAUGCAGGUCAUGUGAAUACUGAGAUUUACAAUUCUCUUUUGCGCACUUAUGCAAAAGCUGGUAAAAUGCCACUCAUAGUUGCUGAAAGAAUGGAAAAAGAUGAUGUUAAGUUGGAUGAAGAGACCCGUGAGCUUAUAAAACUGACCAGCAAGAUGUGUGUGAGUGAAGUUUCGAGCACUUUUUACUAUGAAACCCGAAAGACCGACCAAACUGACUGAACUAAUUGAAUUCAAUUGGUUUGAAGUAUAUUUUAGUCUGUCUGAGUUAGGUUAGAUUUCUUAUGGAAUAUUUGGCCUAUAUGUCAGUUUGAUGUUGGUGUUGGCAAAAUAUAUGACAUGAACCGACCCGAACUGACCCGCUCAUUGAUACUAUUGAGUUUCGGGAAUUUUCUCAGCAGGUUGCAGAAUCUUGAGAGUUUUUUCUGGUGCAAUAUCAGUUUGAUGUGGUGUUUUAGCUGUCUUCUCAAAUGAAUCAUGAAUUUACAAUCAGCCCAGCCAAAUUCACAAGCUACGUGUGGAUGAUGCUGCUAGCCACGGUAAGAAGUAUUUGACAUACAUUGAUGAGUACUACAGAUUAAAUUAUUUCCAAAGCUCUCCCUAAAUGUCGUAUUUUGCUCUCAAUUACUUGAUUGAAUAUAGGAUUUAACUCAUUUUUGGUAUUAAUUAGCUUCCUUACUAGGAUCGGAUCAGUUAGUUUGAGCAUAGUUCGGUGGAUAAUUACCUAUUACCUUUUUAAAGUUUCAA